GCGCCCGGUCACGAAAGCUGGCGGUUAAGGGCCUCGGGGUGAAAAUGCACCCUGGCAUGGGAGUGUCAACGUGCGAUCGUCGUUGCGGCGAAAAUACAGCGAUCCAGCCCAGGAACGGGGUCUGCGACAAGAUCGAGAAUUACAUAUCUGACUUAGGUCAAUGGUCAGUAUGGAGAGCUAUAAUAUUGGGGCAAACGCUGUCCCUGGUAUUAUGUUUGAUGACUCUCGUAAAUCAUCACGUUAACACCGCGUACCACUUCGCCCACCCAACCGGACAAAAUCUCCCGCAUUAUGUUAUGAUGUGCCUUGUAUACACAACCUGGAUGUCCUGCAGAAGAGGGGUAGGGAACGGUCUAAUGUCUGUCAUAAAGGCUCGCGGCUGGAGGUACUUGCUGUUGGCUCUCAUUGACGUCGAGGCGUGUACGCUCGUAACAUCCUCGCAUCAAUUCACCAGCCUAACUAGCAUACAGCUGCUCGAUUGUGUGGCAAUACCAGUUGCACUCGCGUUGUCCUGUUUGGUCCUGGGAGUGCGGUACCGCAUGGUGCACAUAGUCGGUGUUUCCGUUUGUUUGAUGGGCGUUGGGUGUUUGGUCUGGGCAGGAAUCGAUGACAAUAAAGAUCCUAUGUCCACAGGGAAAAAUCAACUCGUUGGCGAUAUGCUAUGCCUCGGUGGGGCGGUGCUGUUUUCGAUAACCACGGUGCUACAAGAAUUAGCUGUGAAGACAGUCGAUAUCAUCGAGUACCUAGGCAUGAUCGGUUUCUACGGUACUAUACUAUGCUGCAUGCAAACAGCGGUGCUGGAGAAUUUAAAGCUGGAUACAUUGGAAACGUGGAACAACGCACCGAUAAUCACGUAUUUAGUGGUUUAUUGCAUCACUCAAUUCGUGUUCUUCUCAUUGGUGCCUGUUAUUUUGUACGAAUCUGGUGCGACUGCGUUGCAAUUAGCAUUGCUCACCGCAGAUUCGUUUAACGCUUUAUCUGGCAUGCUGGUUCAUCAGUACAAGUUUCACGUAUUGUACUUCGCCUCGUACACGCUCACAAUGAUGGGCAUAUACAUUUACGCGAUAAAGAGAACGCCGAUGUCGUCGAACUCGCGAAGGCAACACGCACCAGAGCCCACUGCUCCAGAUUACAGUGACGUGAUUUUAAGACAUAUGUCUCAUCCCGACGGUGAGGUGGAGAUGGUAACGAGCUCUGGGAUGUCCGGAGUGAGUGGAACUCUGGACGCAAGGGCAUCAACCCAUAGCAGUGAGAAGGAAAUUGAUGGGAAUUUACAACCAAGCGUUAGUUCGGACACAGCCUUCACCUCUUUUUACGGCAGUUACUACGAUUAGGAGAAACCACGCGAAAGGAAAAUUGCGUUGUUCACAUUUUACAUGAAAUCUUUUGGAGUAUUCGCACUACGCAGUCUGUCCGGAAAUCAUCACGACUUGUAUCGUCACGAUCUUAAGAGACCCGUGAUUUUCAGCAGGUGAAUCCAUAAUCCGAAAUGAGAGGCGUAGGGAAAAGCAGGUAAAAGCUGCCUCACUGGGACCCGGCCAAGAGUACGGGUCAGAUCCCUUGCUGUUGAAGGAGAUGCGGUCAAGUCAUUUGUAAUUCAUAAAUAAAAUCGAUGACUUCUCGACAACGUGUUCCCUUGUCCAACAGGUACUUACAAAGAUCUAAACAGCAGGGGAUCUGACCCGUACUCUUAGCUCGGUCAAGUCUGUUCUACUAUUACUUAAAUAGACUGAAAAGAUUAACAAUUGUAUCUUCCUUGGCAGAAAAGCAAAGCAAAAAAAGAAGAAACGCUUUUCAUAUUCAUUCGCGUUAACUUUUUUUUGAUGAUAAAUUAUUAAAACGUGUUCUGAAAAAUCUAUGUAUGAACGCGCAGUUUGUCGGUCAGGUUGGCGAGCAAGUAGAACACUUGGAUUUUAUGUGCGCUGGAUCAUUAAAAUCAAUUCUUUCAAGUAGAUUUUCCGCGCUGCGCAUUGUAUGUAUUUGUGCGCUGCCGAUAUUGCACAGAUAUUGUAGCUUACUUGGCACUCGCAUUUCGCAAUACAACAGCAGUGAAUUGCUUGCUUUCAACUGCUGAAAAUCACGGUUCUUCUGAGAUAGUGAUAAUUUCCGAACAGACUUAUGUGGAUACUCCAUCCGAUUAAUGGGAAACGCUCUUUCCACGUUCACAUAAAUAAGGAUACAUAGAUCUUUCCAAUAAAUAAAUUUGUAAUACGUAUUGCAGUGUUCCGAGCAGGAUUUUUCUAAGAAUUUAACCGUCUCGAAUAUCUUAGCUAACGAAUGCGAUCUUCGUUACUGAUUUCAACGUUUAGCAGGAUACAUAUGUAGAUAUAAUUACUAUAAAUUCUUCUUGCUCAAGAUGCUUUGUAUAAACGAAGCGAUACGAUUAAUUGUCACUAGAUUUAAGGAAGACUAAUUUCCUUGUAAAAUACUAAGAUGAUAAUUAUUUUUUAUUCUUGUUAUUAUACCUUUGUUGGACUGCGUUAGGCUGUUUAUGUGAUUCGCGCGUAAAACUAUUGUUUCAACUGUUGUGUAUAUUUUCUUGAAGUAACCGAAAUAAACUAACAGUAAACCAAAA